CACAGGGUGUGGCCACGCACAGUCCAGUUUUGGCAAGACUGAGCCCUUUUUAAAAGACAAGCAGACAGGUUUCCUUUCACAAUUUACAUUUUGACCAGGAGAGUGUGAAGGCCAAAGAGGAACAAGAAGCUAACAGAGACAUGGACAGCAGAUUGGUAUUUUUGGUGGCGUUUGUGAUCGCCUCUGCCGUGCCCUCCAUUAAGGCUGAUUGGAACGCAACUCUCUUAAAUUACAACAUCACGCGCAAUGAUUGUGGGAAAACUAAAUUGUGUGUGGAAAAACCGACCGGAUGUGACCCUUCAGGCACCUCAGACUGCUCCUUUACCUCCACGCAAAUUAACACCACAAGUGUGAGCCUGUCUUUCGAGCUUAGCGGUAACUCCACGGGAUACAUUGCCCUGGCAGCCGGAGGGAGCUCUAAUAUGGCUCAGGGGCGUAGUGUUGUCUUUGUCUGUGGCAAUAAUAAUGGCACUUUCUUCUUCAAAACUGCAAAUUUCACUGCAAACAACACACUGCAGGACACAACUUCACCCACUGUAACAGAUGUCCAGUACAGUCUGAAACCACCAAGCAUAAUUCAGUGUGCUUUUAAGAUCCCCAUCAAUUUCACCAUCAACAACGAUGCCCUGAGCAUCCUGGGCAUGAACUCCACAACGUUCAACAUCAGCAACAUCGCUAACUCAACGUUCACUGCAAGCUAUGAAGUCUUUCAGGGUUCAGUCAAUGGAUCUGUGCUUGGAACAGCAAAGAGCACAUUUGGUGGCUCAAUCACUGUAAAUCUGGCUAACGUCAAUUCUUCUAUUGCCACAACCACUGUUGCACCAACCACAACCAAGGCCACUACAAGCGGCAGCACCUCACCCUUCGGUCUAAUGAGUCAUGCUCUCCUGCUCGCUGCCAUCGCUCUGCGUUUGCUUUGAUCGCACACGAAGGACUUUUGGAAAGGACUUUUUUCUGAAGUAUUCUUACCUGUGUUGUUGUUUUGGCUUUGUAAAGUCGAACAGAUUGUUCACAAACAUAUGGGAAGCCCGCUAUGUUUUAAAAUGCAGGGUAUUUGAACAUAUGUUUGGAUAAACUAGUACAAUAAACAGUAAUGAUUCUUGUUUUGAUAACUCAUGUCUAUUGCUAGUGCACUUUUUUAUUUUGCCCGGUGAUUUGAAGUUACAAUAAAGCUGACUGAAUAAAACCA